AUACACCACACAAUGGCGUGCAAGAUAUCCAUGUGGCUACCUUUUGCUACAACGGCGAUCAUGGUAAAUGCCUCCCCUACGCCAUGUUGUAAACCGAAGCAAUGGGAAGGCCUGGUGACGCUUGGUAUGGCAAACUACGUCCACAAAAACGACGAUGUUUCCUUGACGCGAGGGACGAUAAAUACGACAUAUGACUACCUUAACAUGAGGGAGGCACAAGUGCAGGAUUUUCAUGUGUCCCCACCAUUCCCAUAUUACACGGUUAAAAUGACUGUCAUCAAGGACUACAAAAAGGGAAUGCAGUGGGAGAUCAUCGAGAGCAAUAAAACGUGCACAACAAGAAAACUAAACAGCAGCAUGUCUCCGCCCUGUAUACCAGCCAAUGCACAAUUCCAAGGCACGUACCUCUUAUCGCAGACCCUCGAGGUAGAUCGUUGGUACGUUGACGCACCUGCAGCGAGCCAAGCCACCGUGUAUGAAGUGGAGUCCAAGACAUGCUGGCCGGUGUCGGAGACAAGAAGAUCAACUGUCCCAGAUAUGUUUAGGCUGACAAGUUUAACCUUUGAAAAUGUUACGGCUGGGAUAAAGAACCCGGGGAUAUUUAACCUGCCGAGCUACUGUCCCCCAGGGAAGUAGUAGAUGUACCCUGAACGCGUUUGAAUAUGAUCCUUUUUAACCAAAAUUUCACCUGAUAAAUCAAGUUACUAGGGCACAUGCUGGAUAAACUUCCAAAAAGGAAAUCGUCAGGUCUAAGGAAAGCAAUACACGAAGACAAUGAAAUGCAAAAUUCGUGUCUCAUACUCAAGUCUUGCGCUGUGGUCUAAGUUGUCGUUGUUCUUUUUCUUCUUCUUCUUCUUAUUAUUAUAAUUAUGUUGUUUUUGUUGUUGUUGUUGUUUUUAAUUUGCAUUUACAUAUUAUCCUCUUUCCAAACGAUUAUUACAAUCAGUGUAAUAAAAUCACAAUAUAUAUAUUGAAAUAAUUAAGUGCAUUUUAUAGAGAUAUUAUCGGAAGUAUGUUCUACUUAUUCUUUAUUCUAAUGUUUUAAAAAACUAAUAUUUCUGUUAGUUUAUUGUUUAUUUCAAUUAUCAAAAUCAAUCGACAGUAGAAUGAAAGACCUGUGACAAGAGGUAAGGAAAAAGGAGGCAGUUGUUUAUUU